UCACCUGUUGGCGUAUGCUCCAAAUUUCCCGGGCUUGGCAGAUUAAGCGUCACGAGCCGCGAGCGCUCAAAGAGUGUACGGGGCCUGGACACCCUGAAGGCAUUUUACAGACGUCAUCUCCAACAACAUGAUCAAGAGAGGGAGAGCCGAGGGUUGGCUCAAAGAAUCCAUCGACACCUUCCCCACCUGGGCGAGCUUCCACGGCGUGACCUUCAAUGGUAUCAAAAUCGGCCCGUUGCCCAAUUUCGAACACCGUGGUUCAACAGUGAUAGCAGAGCGCGAUCUGCUCGGCGGGAAAGAAGAUGCUCUGAUGACCGUCCCAAAGGAACUUAUACUGUCUCGCCAGAAUAUCGAGCUGUUCGCCAACUCUGACCGCCACCUCCGCGAAGUACUUCAAGCACUAGGCGACUUUGGAUGGACGGCCCGCGGCGCUGUUUUGAUUUAUCUGCUCAUGCAAGCAACGGUUUGCUGUCCGGACGUCAAGGACAUAGGCGUUCACAACCCUCUCACUGAUUACAUCAAGUUCCUUCCAGAUGAACUACUCCCCACCUUCUGGACCGACGACGAACAAGAACUUUUGACAGGAACAACGCUACGAGCUGCUGUCCGAGCCAAGAUGAGCAGCCUACUACGAGAGUUCGAAAGGAUUCGUACUGCUACGGAAGGCAUCGGCUGGUGUGCAAAGUAUUGGUGGGAUGAAGACACCGGCCUGCUGAACUUUGACGACUGGAUGCGGGUCGAUGCUAUCUAUAGGUCCAGGGCGCUCGAAUUUCCCGGCGUGGGUGACUCCAUGGUGCCCUGUAUCGAUAUGGCCAAUCACGCCUCUGGAGACGCUACCGCUGCGUUAUAUGAGACCGACCGGAACGGAAACGGGAUCUUACUCUUACGUGAUGGUAAAGAGAUCCAAAAGGGCGGCGAAAUCACAAUCACGUACGGCGAUGAAAAAGGAGCUUGCGAGAAUAUCUUCUCUUAUGGUUUCCUUGAAGACGCGAUGAAGUCAGCCAGGGCUAUGUUUAUUGACGUCGACAUUCCUGACGAUGAUCCUCUCAGACCUGCGAAGAUAUAUGUCACCACUGCGGCACCAGGCGUCCGAAUCUUUGAGAAAGACGACAGCAUAGAUUGGGAAAGUGACUUUAUUUGGCUUGUCGUUACCAACGAAGAAGAUGGACUGGACUUCAAGGUCAAACAAACGAUCGAUGGCCAGAAAGAGAUUCAAACUUUUUUCAAGGACAGAGAGCUGGAUGACACUUCCAAGCUCCGCACUUUUCUUCAACAAGACCCGCAGUGGGACGUGUACAAGCUCCGUGCGAUUGUCCUACUUCAGUACAGGAUCGAAACCCAAAUCGAGGUCCUGCGGGAGGUGGGUGACCCUGAGCGCAGCGCUAGCAUUAGGGAAGGACCUUGGGAGCUCGCACGGCGGCUCCGCAAGCUUGAGUUGGACAUGCUCGAAAGGGCUGGAUCCGCUCUGCAAGAACAGGGCCCCGAAUCCCUUCAAGGAAGGAUACCCUGAUUCGCUGUCCUAGGAUUGAGGAUGACAUUUCGGUUUGUUAGACUCUGCGGCCCCACGGCCCUCGUGCUUUUCCAGCUGACCUGCCUGGCACGGCGGGCCUAUUGUUGACCUUGGAUUA